AUGCUUUGUUUCAGCCGUCUAGACAUCUGGGCUCGAGUCACUCCGGCAGCGGCAGCAGAAGCCGCAGCGGCUAAUGCCGCAGCUGCUGAAGCCGCACAAGGAGACGUCAGUUUCGACGGCAGUUACGACGACACCACCGCAAGCUUUGGAGCGGCCAGCUACCGGCUAGCCGGCACUUUUGAAACGGAUUGCAGUUACGACGCCGGCGAGAACCUUCUAGAGGGCGUCGUUUUGUCCGAGGGCCGGCACGCGUUGUUCGCGCCGCUUGCAGCGUGGACGGAGGAGAGCAUUCUGCGGCUAGAACGGAUUAAAGCAUACGGCGUGCUGAGGAAUAACAAGCCUCGGCCAGUGGAGAAAGAGGAGCAGCGCAACAAGGAGCAGCGCAACAGGCGCGGCAAUGACCUGUAUUCCAAAUUACCCUCUGCUAGUGUCAGGGCUCGUCGUGCGGCGGAAAUCGGUUGCUGUUUCGCAGGCGGCGCGGGGUAUAGGGAAGAGGCGGAAGAUGGGGAAGGGGCGGAGGACUCCCUGCCGGCGCGCGAAGCUGUGGGGAAGCUGGCGGAAGGGAUUGCGCGGCUACGGAUGGGAUGGGCGCGCGCAAGGGAUGGAGCGGAGGAGGCGGAACGGGUCAGAGCACCGCUUCUAGCGCAUGUGGUGCACCCAGCGGAGAGGGGGGACAUUAGCGCGCAGGAUGGCGGUCGCGGCGAAGUUGAGCGGUUGAAGAGGGAUGGUGCUGGUAUGCUCAGGGAUGCCCGAAUUCCUGGAGAACCUUCUUUCAAUUCUCAUCACAACGAGAUCGAACCUGCCGACACUUCUGCCCCCAACCAAUCGAGCUCUCUUACUGCCAGUGCCGACUCGCGCGCCUCCUAUGGAACACGGAGUGCGACAGCCGCCACAUCAGCAGCCGAGCCGCGGGUCGUGCUGCCGCACCUGUACUCUAAAGUGCCGGUUUCUGGGGAAGGCGAUAGCGGAGCAGGCUGGGGUAGGUGGGAAGAUGCAGAGACAUGCAUUCAAGGGGAGGACGAGGAGGGAGACGAUGGGUACUGGCGUGAAAGAGCAGGCGACGCUUCUGCUGGUGGUGCUGGUGGUGAUGCUGGUGCUGCUGGUGCUGCCGCUGGUGGCAGUGCUGGUCCGACGCUCGAAGAAGCACGUGACAUGGGAGCGCGGACCAGACCGAGCUCUCCCACCCAUCACACCACCACCCCUGCUGCUUCCACUAUCCUCGCGACCGAUGCCGCUGCUGCUGGAACUGCUGCUGAAGUGGAGGAAGCGGAGAUGCAGGAAAGGUUGUGGGCAGGGAGGGCGGCGAUAGCGCCAGAAGCCAGGCUGUGGCGGGGCCACGCAUCAGGCAUGCAGGCAGUAGGCAUGCAGGCAGCAGGCAUGCAGGCAGUCAUGGCCAGCAGCAUUGCAACAGAUGGUGAUACUUGCACAGACUCUCUCCCAGCAGGCUUACCUAUCUUUCUCCACUCCGGCUGCCUACCUGCCUUCCUACCUGCCGCCCCGAACCUGCCUUCGCAUGCAACUCCGGGUCCUGUGCUCAAGGUUCGGCGGCACUGUAUUGCUGAGGCGGCAGAGAAGGACGACUCGGGCGGCAGCAGCAAGGGUCUGGGCGGCAGCGGGCCGGCAUCGCUGUUCACCAUUCUGAUCAUGCCGGCUGAGAGCGGGGGGAAGGAGAGCUGUCGAUUCUUUGACGUCAAUCACACAAUCGACCGUGCCCUGCGUUGGUUCGCCUCAGUGCGUGCGAGCGGGGCAGCACUCGAGCUGAUGAACGCUCAAACCGAAGUCCUGCCGGUGCGGCUGGGCGGCAUGGAUGGCGACAAGCUCGCCAAGAUGGCGCAGUACGGCAAGUGGACAGUAAAGACAAACGACGAGCAGCGCGGAGAUCAUAUCUCGGUCCUACGUGCCGUCCGGCUCUGGCUGGUCCCGGAUUCCGAGGUGGAACUUACCCUCGUGCUGGCGUCCGGCGGGGUAAAUAACGCAGCGUGCUCUCCCGACUGGGGGUUACUUCUGGAACAAACCCCCGAGGGCGUGGUGCACGUGGUGGGGGUGAGGGGGGGCAGUCCGGCUGAAAAAGGAGGAGUAGCGAUGCUGCUGAGGAUGGCACGGGCAAAGAAACGGCUGCUGCUGCUGUCGAGGCUGCAGGGACAGGUGCUGCUGCCGUCGGUGAUAGCCAAUGGGCAGAUAGACUGUGCUGACGUGGAGGCACUACAGGAGCAGCUGGUGCUGCAGGCGCAUCUGCCGUCCAUCCCGCUGCGCCUCACGUUUGCCCUGUCGUCUCACCCCUCCACCUCUCUCUAUUCUCUCCUUUUUCUUUCAGCUUAG